GUGGAGAAAGUGAAAAUGAAGAUGGACCAGGUGAAGAUAGACCAGGCGAAGAUGGACUGGGCGAAGAUGGACCAGGUGAAGAUGGACCAGGCGAAAAUACCAAACCGGGAGAAGACACUAAAGUAGGCGAAGACACUAAACAUCCAAAAUGA